AUGCGUUUCCUUGUUUACGGACCCUAUUCGCGGCGUGUUAAAACAAAAUAUCACUAGACUCGAUGCGCGAAGUUGGAGGCUCUGGUUGCAGAGAAGGAAACUCAAAUUGCUGAGAUACUAAAAGAGGGUGAACGCAUGGCACAAGAACAAUUGAAGACCAACAACAUCAUAAAAUCUUUACGAGCGAAGGAGAAGGCGAAUGAACAAAAAAUGCAACGGACGAGCUCAGCCCUGACCAGGGCACAGACUGAAAUCGAGCGCCUUAAAGCCGAACUUGCUACUGCCCAGGGUAGCGAGUCCAAAAGCUUAGGUGCCCUCAACCAGGUGAAUCGGCAAAAUCUAAAACUGGAAAAGGAUUUAGCUGCCUUAAAUAAUGAACUUGGUCUCUCCCGCGAGAAGGUCAAACACCUUGAGAAGACCGUUCAGGCGCACGAGGCGGGAAAACAACAAAUGGUGGAAAAACUGGAGGAAACGCAAAGGCAUUUAUCGGCUGCUCAUAGCCGCCUUGAGACAAUGCAGGGUUCUGAGCAGCAACAGGCUGCUCUUCAUGAAGAGACUGAUCGUUUGCGCAAUCAAAUCGAUGAGAUGCGUAGGGCCGCCUCCAAACAACAACGCAGCCUUGAGCAGGCUCGUGAACAAUCCGCCCAGGAAGUCUCGUACUAUCGCUCACGUCUUGCCAACGCUGAGACGCAACUGGAGUUGAUGGGUGAAACCGCCUCCUCAGUGGCCAAACCCCUGCUUUCCAGGAUUGAAUCCCUACAGAGCAGUCUGGAUGAUCAGACCGCCGCAUUUGAACAGACCGAACAACGGCUUUCUGCCCAAAUUGAGGAUCUACAAGCCAAACUUUCCGCGUCCGAACAAACCGAUCGUGAACUCAAACAGCGCCUGAUUGAUUCAGAAACAACCAUUGCUACGCUUCGGGAUGAACUCAAAAAGGCGAAGUCGGAAAAAGAUGAGAUGCAAAAACAGUUAACUGAAUCUUCCAAUCAACUGCAAGACAUGGACACAUUUCUGCAGAGACUUCAGGGUGACAUUAUGGCAGCUAAUAGAAAGGUGUCGGAGGUUCGGAAGACUUGUUCAUCCCUUGAGGAAGAAAAUCGAACGGAACGUGAAGUUUCAGCCCACUUGCGAGCGGAAUUAAAGGAGGCAAGGACUGCACUGCAGGAAAUUGUCUCCCGCAAAAAUUCGGUUGCGGAGGGCCAUGUAAAGAAUUCCCCCUCAUCACCCAAAACAUCAACAGUGUCGAUAGCCUCUGUGGAUGAACGCUCGUCGCAACGAUCCCUCUCGUCAUCCGAAACCCCCACGUCCACUCCGGCUAUUCAACCCUCCUCCGCCCCUAUGCAGUUUGCUAGCAGUCUUGAAUACCUACAGGCACGUAAGCACUCGGACUUUUCCUUCCCUGCGGAUUAUCGCGAAACCUUUUUAGCAAAGCAGACCACCAUGCGUGUAUAUUGA